CGCAUUACACCAUUUCCGCCAUUCAGUGCAACGAACUGAAGAGUAAAGAUCCAAGAUCAGAGUCCGUAAUGUAAUAAGAAAGGAUUUAAACCUAAUAUGUUCAGAUCAGCCACACUGAAAAGCUGAUUGACCAUGGACAGAGACUUGUUGAGACAGUCUCUAUCCUACCAUGGAGAAAGUUUACUGUCCCUUUUAACAUGUGAACAAAAUGAAAACCCAGACUUUAUUGCCAUUGCGUCUGACCUCUCUAAAGCAGUCUGUGAAAGACAAGUUGCAGAUGCAAACAGGUCUACCAUCGUAGAACAGUUUAUUUCAAGGAAAGCAGAUUUGUUAUUUUCCCCCUUGUGGAAGUCUGCAGUGCCAGUGGAAGAUGACUGGCAGGAUGCAUCUUGUGAACCCUAUGCCAUCAUGCCCCCUCUGGAACAGUUUAUGGAGGUUUCCUUUGAGGAAAGGAGGGACCUAUUCUUCAGGGAUGUAGAACGUGGGGAUGUCGUAAUUGGACGAAUCAACUCCAUCAGAGACUUUGGGUUCUUUGUCACCUUAAUAUGCACUUACAGUGAAAUCGAGAGGGACAUUGAGGACCUGGAGCUAACCGCCCUAUGUCCCAUAAGAGAUGUCCCAUCCAAUGGGAACCAUGAUGAUCCUCUGUCUUAUUAUCAAGUUGGAGAUUUGAUAAGAGCUGGAAUGAAAGAUGUCGACCGGUAUCAUGGGAAAUUAACAAUCUCGCUGCAACCCACAUCUCUUGCUCCAAGACACAGCAGUCUUAAACUUGGUGUUUUUUCACGAGAAGAUCUUCCCAUUCACUACUGCCGUGGUCAAAGGGUUGCCAGUGACGGUACUGAAACGUAUGAGAGAGUCUUGGAAAGUUCCCUUGGGUUUUCCAACCCGUCCAACGUGGAUGUUCUUCUCGCAAAGCUGGGAGUCUUGAGUCGAGAGACAAAGUGUUGUUCAAUGAUGAGGGGACUACAGAGCAAACAUUUCCAAGAGGAGGAUUUUGCAGUAAACAUUAGGAAGAAGCAGUCUGCUUCAUGGGCUCUUAAAUGCGUAAAAUCCGGGGUUGAUCACUUCAAAUCUGGCCGCCAUGUUGAGGCAAUGAAUGAGUACAACAAAGCUCUGGAAAUAGAUACCAACAAUGUGGAAGCUCUGGUAGCCAGGGGUGCACUGUAUGCAACGAAAGGGAGUUUGGUGAAGGCCAUCAGCGACUUUGAAGUCGCCCUGGAAAGCUGCCCAACACACAGGAACGCAAAGAAGUACCUCUGCCAAACGCUGGUAGAACGUGGAGGCCAACUGGAAGAAGAGGAGAAGCUGGUCACUGCUGAGGGGCUGUACAAGAAGGCCUUGACACUGGACGAGCACUUCCAGGGUGCCACCGAAGCCUUACGGAAGCUCCAGAUGCGCAUCCAGAAAUCGCUUAAACUGAAAGAAGAGGAGGCAGCAAAGGAGCUGGAAAAGACUAAGAAUGUGGAGACAAGUGCAGAAAAAUUGCGUAAGAUCUUAAAAGAGGAGAAAAGGAUGAAACGUAAAAGAAAGCGGUCCUCUUCCUCUUCGUCGGCGUCUUCCAGCUCCUCUUCUUCGAGCUCUUCGUCCUCUUCCUCAUCUUCGUCCACUCGAAGGAAAUCCAAGAAAAAGAAACGGAAGCACAGGCGCUCGUCUCACAGCGACAAAAAGCGCCACCGGAGGACCUCGUCCUCGCGGCAUGGCCGUUUCUCCGACGACGAGGAGGAGAGAGGAAAAGAGGUGGAGGAGGAGUGGUACCCAGAACCUGCCAACACCUCCGCCUCCUUCAUGAACGUGAAGCACCCGGCGUCCGGGCUGUUUGAUGACGAGGACUCCCACGCCAAGGCCAAGAGGUCCCUCUCCUUGGGCUCCACGUCCACGGCGGACGCUCUGGAUGACAGCAGAGGUAGGUUUGACGAUGACCUUUUCGAAUGCGGCCCCGCCAUGCCAACCAAGGCAAGGGAGCCCCGUAGCGAUAGGCGAUGGGGGUCGAAAGACCACGACGUCAACGGCCGCGAGCAAGGGCACUCCGUCCACCACAGGAAGUCGGAGGCAGCGUCCAGCAGCGCACAGGAGCCCACACACGGCGGCACCAGGAGGCACUCCUCCUCCUCGACCAGUUCCGAGUAUUCCCGCAAGUCUGACCAGCAGGGCCACAGGUAUGCCAAUGUCCCGGGCCGCCACUCCGAGAAGGGAGAGAAAAGGGACGGAAGAAGAUCGGAAGGUGACGCUAGAGAUUCCAAGCGGCACGAGGACUUCUCCCAGAACGGUAGGAGAGCGUCCGAGGGAGGUCCAAAGAAAGAGCUGCCCUCUAACUUGCAGGACAUUUUCAAUCGGAUUGCCCGCUUUGAAAAGGAGAAGGAUCUGAAACCCAAAAAAUGAAUGCUGUGUUUGCAUUGGUGUUGUCAGCUGUGGAAUCAUAAGUCUUAAGGGAGUAGGGAACCUACAUUGGGCAUGUAGUGGGAUAAAAGCUCUUCAGCUUGUGUUCUCAGUGUCAGGAUUUACAGGAAAACAUCUUUAAAUGCAAAGCACAAUGCCUUAAAAUAAUCUGUGACGUGACUGUUAAAAUGAGUUUGUAAGUUGUUUCAUGACAUUGUGUCUUUUUUUGGCCUAGUUCGGUCUUUCAUAUGAUCAUCAUCAAUGGUAUGUAUUGUCUGUUAGCUUGUAUUUUCUGUUUCUGGAAACACAAACACACUCAUCCACAUAAACUGCUUAAAAUGUGCCAAGUGCUGCUUUAUCAUCUGACAGCUGGAAGAUUUUGUGUUGUGAUAUAAACAGUACAAGAUAUACAUGUUCGUAUCAAUAAAGCUAUCUCAGAGUCUC